AACAAACAAAAUAUAAAGAUAUAUGUUUGGAGGUGGGUCCUGGAAGGGCACCAAUUACAUGCUGAAAGUUCACAUUUCAGGUAAUUAUUUUUAUAUAAGAGUAUCAUGCUUUGCUUCAAUUAAUUUAGCAAGUCUGCACCAUUGGUAGUGUAAAAUGGAAUAAGAGCAAAAUUGUGACUGUGUUCUCUGCCAGUGUCUGUAUCAGAUUUAAGACACAUGCUCCUGCAGGCUUUUAUGAAGCCUGUGAAAAAAAAGUUUAAAUACAGAGUUGAAUUACAGCUCUCUCUAGCUCAGAACAUUGGCUCUUGCACCACCGUCUUAAGAAGAAGCUGUGGCAUGGAGCAGCAAGAUUUUAACCUUUCCUGAACCACAAAUGAAUACUGAAUGUUUUCUUGUCUCUGAGUGGGAGAUGGAUUAACUUUGUGAGCUAAUAUUUGCAGCCUAUAUUUGCUACUGUCUGAAAAUAUUUUUUAAAAAAUAUUUUGUAUUUUUUUUAAUUGUAAAAAGUUUCACUGGAAACUUAGAAAUCACAUGAUUUAAGAGAAUUGGACUCAACCACGUUGGUUUCUGCUAGUACCAUUCUUGUUUGUUUACUUCCCAUGUUAUGUUUUUCAACUUUACAGCCGAAGGGGAUGCAAAUUUGGAUUGUGUGUUUUUGUAAGAAAAAAAAGUUCAUAGAAUAUGUAUUUUGAAACAAUUUCUGGUCCAGUUGUAUGAUAUCAACCUGGAAGCAAGCAAAGAGUGGUUAUUAAACUCAAGGAUGUGCAAGCUGUGGAUAACUGUAAACACAUUAAUGGUGUUUUUUCUACAUUUGAUGCAAGGGUUUGAACAUGGAUCUGUAAAGAGAACAGUGGAGUGGUCAGAACAGCAGCUCAGGAAGGCUGCCAGUCUGGAAGAGCUCCUUCGGAUUACCCACUCAGAGGACUGGAAGCUGUGGAAAUGCCGAUUAAAACUCAAGAGCUUGUCUACUUUGGAUUCCAGAUCUGUCUCACAUCGUUCCACAAGAUUUGCAGCUGCUUUCUAUGAUAUUGAGAUGCUCAAAAUUAUAGAUGAGGAAUGGCAAAGGACUCAGUGUGUGCCAAGGGAGACCUGCGUCGAAGUUGCCAAAGAGCUGGGAGCAGCUACCAAUAAAUUCUUCAAGCCUCCUUGUGUGAAUGUAUACCGAUGUGGAGGAUGUUGCAAUGAAGAAAGUUUGAGCUGCAUGAACACUAGCACAUCUUAUGUCUCCAAAAUGCUUUUUGAAAUUUCAGUACCUAUUACAAAUGUGCCUGACCCAAUUCAGGUCAAAAUUGCAAAUCACACUGGUUGUAAAUGUUCCACAGACCUUCAGCGCCAAAUAUAUACUGUCAUACGAAGAUCUAUCCAAUAUCCAGAGGAAGUUCGUUGCCCCUAUUUAAAUAAGCUGUGUCAUGGCGGAUGGACAUGGGACAGUGAGAAAUGUGAAUGUGUAAUAGACAAAGAUCAUCCUGACAGAAGGGAAGGACUCCCUCCACUUGCUGAACUUGCUAUGUGUGCACCAAAUAUGGACUUCGAUGAAGAAAACUGUGAGUGCUUCUGUAAAUGGAAAUGCACUGGCAAUUUAUUUCAGAACAAAGAAAACUGCAGCUGUUACUUGUGCACUGAGAACCAGGAAAGCUGUUCUCAGAAACAUAAGACAUUUAAUGAAAAAACAUGCAGGUAA